GCACACACACCGAAGCAGCAGCAGCAGCAGCAACAACAACAACAGCAACAUAACAACCAGAGAGGCAUCGACAAAACUGGCUGUUAUUUAGUAAUUUAUAUAAAACAAAAACACAAUGGCCUACGACUUAAAAAAGGAGUCUGACGUUAAGGAAUAUGUGGAGAAACUGGGCGUGGAAUAUCGCUUUGGCUGUUACUCGGAAAAGAAACCGGAAGUGUGCCAUCUGCUCGGCGACUAUCUGGAGGGCAUCAAGAAGGAUUUCGAGAAGGCCUCCAAAGUAUACAAAUCGACAUGUGACGAUUAUGGUUAUGCAAAAUCCUGCUAUAAAUAUGGCAACUAUAGCUUCCUCGGCAAGGGCAAAAGCGGCAGCAAGGGCGAGCCCCGUGUCGCCUAUCAAUAUUACGAGAAGGGCUGCAAUCUAAAUGAUUCGGAUGCCUGUUUGCAUUCCGGCCUGUUGCUCGUGUCGCGCUCCAUGCCCAAAGAGAUCGACAGAAAUGUGCCCAAGGGCUUGCAGUUUCUAACGAAGAGCUGUGACAUGAACAAUGCCACCGCCUGCUUCUAUCUGUCCGGCAUGCACAUUUCGGGCGUACAAAAGAAGCCGGAGGAUAUGGCAAAUGGUGGCGGCAGUGCGUCAGCCAGCACACAAUCCAAAUCGCUUAAGGACGCCGAUUACAUUGUGCUAAAGGACAUGAAGAAGGCAUUUCAGUUUGCACACAAGGCAUGCGAAUUGCGUAACAUGUACGCCUGUGCCAAUCUCAGCCAGAUGUAUGCGCGUGGCGAUGGCAUUGAGAAGAACGAAAAGGAGGCGGAAAAGUAUAAGAAGCUGGCACUCGAAAUGCAGGAGGAGGUCAAGAAGCAACAGGAGACGCUCAGUUUUCAGCAGGGCGUCGGCAUGCCCAACUGAUUAACCUAUACAUAUGUAUAUAUACAUAUAUUGAUAUAUAUAUACAUAUGCAUAUAUAUGCAUGUAUAUAUACAAAUACUAUAUAUACAUAUAUAUAGUUGACUUUUCCUUUCCAUGCUGCGCUCUUACCUCUACGCUCUAGUUUUACCCAAAAUUUAUAUCUUCUUCUCUAUUCUUCUGCGUUCUGAUUUAUUUUCUUUGCCAUUUUGCGACGCGUUUCAUAAUUUGUUCCGUUGACCCUUCAAUACUUUCAAUCUAUUCCCUAUAUCUAACUUAAGUGGGCUAUACAAGCAUUAAUAUAUAUAUAUAUAUAUAUUUAUAUAUAUAUAUAUAUAUGUAUAUUAUUUUUCGUCGUGUACAUAGGCAGCAUUUGCGUUUUCGGCAUGUGUUUUGUGAAAGAGGAAAUUCCUAGUUUUAAUUGUUAAAGUUAAACGAGUAACAAGUAACAAAAUGAUAACCUUAUUAUUCCCCGUUGAUACCUUAAAUUAAAUACAAAGAAACAAACCAAAAUCAAGCACAA